AUCAUCCCGACGCGUCGGAUCUCGCGACUUGGAAUCAAGAACAUCAAGCAAAAACCAUGGAAAGCCCUCACGAGCAUCAGCAGAAUUUGCUGCUCUCCCGUAUCAUCACGAAUGUGGAGAAGCUCAAUGAAGCCAUCAUGCUCUUGAACAAGAGUCUUCAAGAAAUCAACAUCCAGAAUAUGAAUGUCGAGUUGGUCGCCCAGAUGUUUAAGAAUUAUCAAUCAAACGUGCUUUUCCAUCUAGAAGCAACGGACUCUCUAAAGGAUCCCUCAUGAUUGUGUACUUGAAGGGAUGGGUUGGGUUUAGGUUACAGGGAGUUGAAGGAAUGUGCAUAGAAUAGAGUCUUGACAGCGAUGAAUGAUGAAUGAUACCAAAUACAACCUGCAAAAC